UUAUCACAAAUCACAAUAUGACAUAUACAAGGACUUGGUAAAAAAUAACAUUUCAAUUUUUUGACUAACAAACCAUUAAUUAUAAGCUUGCUCCUUGCAUAGUAUUUAGCACUUCAUCUCUAAUCUCCCAAAAGUUUCAAAGGAACGAAAAGAGCUGACUUUGGUGAUCAAAACAACAUUCGUAUAUAUUACAUGGCAAAAACAGUGAGAAACUUGUGUGUUAAAUUGGCAUCAUUAUUAGAGCUAUGUGCAACUCUACUCUUUGUUAACCCUGCCAUCUCUUUUGCCGCACAAGACAACACUCCCUUCUUCGUCUUCGGCGAUUCGCUCUACGACAACGGUAUGUCUUUGUAUACCGGUGAUAAGGAAGCCGGAGCAAGGUAUUGGCCUUAUGGCGAAAUUUUCUUUGGGAAGCCUGCUGGGAGGUAUUCUAAUGGCCUCAAUAUCCCUGAUUUUAUAGCUGUAUUUGCGGGUUUGCCAUGUAUGCCACCACCAUAUUUAUUACCAGGGAAUAAAAACUACACCAAUGGAAUAAAUUUUGCUUCUACAAGUGCUUGUGUACUUGUCGAAAAUUGCCCUAAGGCGAUGCAAUUGGACUACUUUGUUCAAAUGGUGCAAAGUUUGACCAAGCAAGUUGGGGACUCGGAAGCUAAUAGGCUGUUAUCCAAAGCAGUCUAUUUAUUUGACAUUGGGAAAAAUGAUUAUGUUACUCUUCUCCAAAUGAAUCGCCAAAAACGUCCUCUAUCCUCUUCCGAGAAGAGUCUCUACAUGAAACAAAUACUUGGCAACCUCACCAUCCAUAUCAAAACCAUCUACAAAAAAGGAGGAAGAAAAUUUGCAUUCCAAAACAUUGGUCCUAUUGGAUGCAUACCAUCAAUUAAAUAUACGCUUGGAUUUAAUGGAACUUGUGCGGAGGAGCCGCUAGAGCUAGCCAGGAUGCACAAUGCUGCAUUUGCUGCCAAAGCCAACACAUUGCAAAGCAAAUUACCAGGAUUUACUUACACAAUCUACGACUUCUACACCGCGUUACACCAUCGUGUCUUACAUGGCAACAUAUAUGGUUUUAAAGAAACCGAAACAGCGUGCUGCGGAAGUGGGGUGUUCAAUGGUGAUUAUACUUGCCAGAAUAAAUCAAUGACCUUCUCAGUGUGCUACAAAGUGAAAGAUUAUUUGUGGUAUGAUGCUUGGCACCCAACCCAUAAAGCUUGCCGGCAAUUAGCAAAAGAAUUCUGGAGUGGAGGAUACAACACUGUUGCUCCUUAUAAUUUAAGGACUUUGUUUGCCAUGAGUUGAUUAAACUUCUUACAAAUAAUCUUGUAUAAUGGAACAACUUUGCUAUUA